AUGAUGUCGUACAUUAAGCAGCCUCAUUACGCCGUGAACGGGUUAACUCUGUCCGGCCCGGGCAUGGACCUGCUACAUUCCGCUGUCGGAUACCCGAGUAAGUCUUCUUUUUCUUUCUCAGAUACCCCCCGAAAGCAGCGGCGGGAGAGGACCACCUUCACCCGCGCCCAGCUCGACAUCCUGGAGGCGCUGUUCGCCAAGACGCGCUACCCUGACAUCUUCAUGAGGGAGGAGGUGGCCCUAAAAAUCAACCUGCCCGAGUCCCGUGUGCAGGUGUGGUUCAAGAACCGCCGUGCAAAGUGCCGCCAACAGCAGCAGCAGAGCAGCGGCCAGUCCAAGCCCCGUCCGCCCAAAAAGAAGGCCUCCCCAGCCCGGGAGGCUAGUUCCGAGCCCAGCGCCAACACCAACGGGCCCUACAGCCCGGCACCCCCGCCCCCGGGGACGGCCAUCACCCCGAGCUCCAGCAGCGCCAGCGCCACCGUGUCCAUCUGGAGCCCCGCCUCCAUCUCCCCGCUUCCGGACCCCCUGUCCGCCUCCACCACGCCCUGCAUGCAGCGCUCCACCGCCUACCCCAUGACCUACACCCAGGCCCCCGCCUACAGCCAGAGCUAUGCCGGCUCGUCCUCCUACUUCACCGGCCUGGACUGCAGCUCCUACCUCUCCCCCAUGCACCCGCAGCUGUCUGCCACCGGGGGCGCCCUCAGCCCCAUCACCGCCUCCUCCAUGGGCGGUCCCCUGAGCCAGUCUCCGGCCUCGCUGUCCUCGCAGGGCUACACCACCGCCUCCCUGGGCUUCGGCGCAGUCGACUGCCUGGACUACAAGGACCAAGCUGCCUCCUGGAAGCUCAACUUCAACGCGGCAGACUGCCUGGACUACAAAGACCAGAACUCGUGGAAGUUCCAGGUCUUGUAG